CAGUCGGUGCACGGGGCGGACUACGGGCUGCGGAUGUUCGCAGUCACAUCAAACCGCAGACAACAGCACAGAGCGCGAAGAAAAAAAACUAUAUAUAUUUUUUAAUUCCGAUAUUAUCGUCUUUCUCCUCGCCGGCGCAGCGUGUGAGUGGACAUUUAUUUAUAAACGCGCAUCAGGACAGAAAGAAAAAAAACAGUCGCACUCCGUGGAAAGUUCACCCCUGCUGUUGUUGCGUUUUCUCAAACUUAAGAACAAGGCAUAUUUGGAGGUGAUCGAUGCGCCGGUAGCGCGGUCAGUGUGCGGGAUGUGAGCGGUGGAGCGGGGCGCGCCUCACUCGCUGUUCUUUUUUUUUACGCGCAACGGAGGGACGAGGAGUGAUCGGACAACGACCGGGAAUCCGACACGAGGAAUGUAAAUUACAAACGGUACUGGAAUUAAUGUCGAAAUGAAAACUGCAACGCGUUGACCGUCGACAUCAUCUCGUGGGCAGAGACGCAGUUUGAAAAAAACCAAAAAACGCCUCAGAGAGAUGGCCUUGGAUUCUGUUGUAAAGCUGUGUCCCUGCAACCCCUUCUCCCCAAUUAUCAGGAGGCCGUGACGAUGAGGAUGUGUACGGAGCCCCAGGCCCUGCAGAGGUGUGAAGAUGGAGUCCUGACCUCAGAAUUAUCAACACCUGAGUGAUCUAUCCACCCAGAGAAAAGGAUCUGGGUCACAUGACGUCCCAGAUAGAGGCUGUCUCGGGGUCCCGGGGGGCCGAUAACUAAAAGGCUACAAUAUGGAACAAACUGUACAAGACAAACACAAAAUGUAUGCCAAUCACAGUAGAAUAGAUAUUGUUUUGAAUGAAAUUUCACUAUCUAGAUGCUUUAUACAUUGUGUGUUAACACGGUUAUUGUCACUUUAUUUCUGCCCAUGAAUAUGUGAUUUCUUAAAGGGAAAUUGCUAUUUAUACUUGGAUUUUAUCUCAUAUUUUGGCCACCCAUCCAACUUGCAUUAGCAAGAUUGUACUCAAUAGGCAAUUACUUCAGGCAGAGCACUCGCAUUAAGCCAAGUUCACAAAACACAACCUUCAAAGUCGUUAGAUCGCUGCGCUGUUCCCACUACACAACUUGCUGCCUUGUUAGCGGGAGUUGUGAAGUUGGUGUGACUGACCGGCGACAGGGGCUAACACACUACAAGAUAUUUCACCAGGAGGAAGCCCAGAUGUCUGGUCUCCAAAUUAUGCGUGAAAUGACACAGGAAAAUAUCAUACCUGUGUCCAAAAUCAUGCUUGCUGAUGUUGUUUGCUCAUGUGUUUACCAAAUAGUUUCCUUGUGUCUUAACUGCGUAAUUAUGAAUCCCACUGUAUUUAUUGGCAAGACCUACCCUGCGUAGCUCGUUGAGACAGAGACGAUUGGUUAAUGUUAGGCAUUGACCACAGGUAGUGGGGGUAAGGAUAGCCCAUUGGCCAGAGCAUAGGACCUGAACAAAACAGAACAGCAGAAACUCAGACAUUUUGGAAUACGGAGACAUAAGUAAAACUUGCAAGAGUAAAAUGUUUAGUGUCGUGUUUAACUCUCAGGUUCUACUCUGCUGAACUUGUAAGAUAAGAUCAAAGUUCAAUGAUUCCUGGUGGCAUCAGAUAACGAUUUCAAACGAGGCAGAUAGACAUUUAAGGUGAUCACAUUCAACUCGUGAAAAUUAUUUAAAACUUUAAUAUUUCUGGUAUAGGGUGUAGUUGGGCCUGUGGCUCCAUCUUAGAUCUUUUAACCAUUGUAUUGCCUGUCUCCGUGGUCUUUCAGAGGGGCCCUGUUGAAUUGAUGAUACAGAUGAAAGAUGGAAGAUAAUAAAAUAUAUGAAUGUAACUUUGAACUCAUCUGUCUUUAUUUUUCUGUUUCUCACCCAGGUACCCAUGUAUGACUCUACAAUGGACCACAUCAUCUACUGCCUGCUGGUCCUAGGAGCCACAGUGAUGACCACCUAUGCAUGCCCGAAGUACUGUGUAUGCCAGAAUCUGUCCGAGUCCCUCGGGACAUUGUGUCCCUCCAAAGGCCUUCUUUUCGUGCCUCUGGACAUUGACCGCAGCACGGUGGAGCUCCGGCUAGGAGGCAACUACAUCCUCCGCAUUACGCAGCUGGACUUUGCCAAUAUGACAGACCUGGUGGACCUGACCCUCUCCAGGAACACCAUUAGUUACAUUCAGCCCUUCUCUUUUGGCGACUUGGAAACACUGCGCUCACUUCAUCUGGACAACAACCGCUUGAUCGAGCUAGGCCCUGAUGACCUGCGAGGCUUGGUCAACCUGCAGCACCUCAUCAUUAACAACAACCAACUUGGACGCAUCUCUGACAAGACCUUUGAGGACAUGGCACCUUCCUUGGAAGAUGUGGAUCUCUCCUACAACAACUUGAUAUCUCUGCCCUGGAACUCUGUCCGCCAGAUGAUUAAUCUGCACCAGCUUAGUCUGGACCACAACCUGUUGGACUUUAUUCCAGAAGGCACCUUCACUGACCUGGAAAGGCUGGCGAGAUUGGACCUGACCUCGAAUCGCUUGCAGAAGCUACCCCCAGACCCCAUCUUUGCCCGCGCCCAGGACUCAAUGAUGCUGACUACACCUUAUGCACCCCAACUGUCCCUAAGUAUAGGCGGAAACCCAUUGCACUGCAAUUGUGAGAUGCUGUGGCUGAGGAGGCUUGAGAGAGAUGACGACCUAGAAACUUGUGCGUCCCCUCCUGCCCUGAAGGGUCGUUACUUUUGGAAUGUGAAGGAGGAGGAGUUUUUGUGUCAGCCACCUCUCAUUACUCAGCACACCCACAGAAUGCUGGUCCUGGAGGGCCAGACGGCCAACCUCAGGUGCGAAGCAACUGGAGACCCUUCCCCUACCAUCCACUGGAUCUCCCCUGAGGAUCGGCUGCUUGGCAACUCCUCCCGGACCGCAGUGUACAGCAAUGGAACCCUAAGCAUCACCAUCACAACCUCCAAGGACUAUGGCACCUUCACCUGCAUUGCUGCUAACGUAGCUGGGGAGUCCACCGCCUCCGUGGAGGUGUCCAUCAUUCAGCUCCCCCACCUCAGCAAUGGCACCGGGCAGCCAGCACCACCGAAGUCACGUCUCUCUGAUAUCACAGGGACCACCAGGAUCAGCAAAGGCGUUCCCAAGAGCCAACCAGAGAGGGCCGUGUCCGUCUCUGAAGUGACAGCUGUUUCAGCACUGGUCAAGUGGACAGUGAGCAAAUCAUCCCCCAAGGUGAAGAUGUACCAGCUCCAGUACAACUGCUCUGACGAUGAGGUUCUAAUUUACAGGAUGAUCCCGGCCUCCAGCAAAGCUUUCUUGGUGACGAAUCUGGUGUCGGGAACCCGCUACGAUCUGUGCGUGCUGGCCGCCUGGGACGACACCGCCACCACGCUCACGGCCACCAACGUCGUGGGCUGCACCAAUUUCUUCACCCAGGACAACUACCCUCAGUGCCAGUCGCUGCCCAGCCAGCUGCUGGGAGGCACCAUGAUCCUGGUGGUGGGGGGCAUCAUCGUAGCCACCCUGCUGGUCUUCAUCGUCAUCCUCAUGCUGCGUUACAAAGCCGCCGAUACGGAACCCCCAGCGGGCAAACUGACCAGUGUCAGUGACACUCACUCUCAGACCAACGGGGGGCGAGUCGGGCCAAACGGACUUCUUAUGCCCCCGUCUCAGCCUGAGCCGAAGGUCAAGAUCAAAGUGGCCCUGCAGGACGAGGUGGUGGAGUUCAAGUGUGGCUCCCUCCAAAGCAGUCUCACCUCUUCUUCCUCAUCCUCAGGCUCCAUGGUGGGGGGCCCGUACAGCCCCAACAGCACACUUGCCAACAUUUGGAGGUCAGCUCCCUCCAAGCCUCGGUCCAACCUGGACCACCUGCUCGGGGCCUUGACCUCGCUGGAGCUGCGGGGGCUACAGGGCCGCAACCUGGGGGGCGCCAGUAGCGCAGCGGCGGCAGCAGAGAAACCCCGCACAGACAAGGACCCGCUGCUGGGCCGGACGCUGGACUCCAGCCUCAGCCGGCUCCUCAUGCUACCUCAGGACUCUAAGCCAAAAAGGAGCCAGUCCUUCGACAUGGGAGACAUAACAGGCGCCGGGGCCGCUCAGCUGUGCAACAAAUCCCGCAGGUUCAGCAGUAUCUGGACUAAGAGGAGCCUGUCUGUAAAUGGCAUGCUGCUGCAGUGCGAGGAGGAGGGGGACACGGGAGGGAGCAAGGGGACAAUAGACAGCGCCGACUGGGUGAUGGAGAGUACUGUCUAGGGAAGAUGGAGGACUGUCAAACACUGCCUAAAUGGACCGCCAACGGCCAUGCCAAGACAGACCCGCUGGUCUAAGAGCCUUUGUCCUGCAUGAAGCACACUCAUUUUCAUCCCCUCCACUCCACCGCUCAGACUCAAGUGGGACAGGACGAGGGGUGUUCACAGUCAUAGCCAAAAACAAACUUUUGGAAUAAGACCUUUGGAUUGUUUUGGCCCGCACUUUGUACAGAGAUGAACUAAAAUGGAUGGUCGGCCUCAAAGAGCUGAAGGGAAAUGACAGAGCUGUGCUGUUAUGUGAUCAUGCACAUGGACUGCUAUUAUACUGUAUACAUUUAAAGUAUGUAAUGAAAUUGAAGUUUUAUAUUUUUGAUUUUGCUGGUCAAACACAAAUGAUCCCUUCCUGGUCUCUGCCUUGACAUAAGAGCAAGGCGCGACCAGUGGUUACACUACAAAAUCUGUAAAUUCAUCCUCAUAUCAGUUACCUACUGAUGCAGUUUAUCCUCCUCUGACGGAAUGGUGAAGUAUAUAAACGUAGAUGUGAUGCUUUGAUUCAUGAAGAUUUAAGAAAAAAGAUUUAUUGACAAAGCUGUAUGUGAAUAUAUUUACUUUCUAUACAGAGUAUAUAUUUGAGGGGUCACUCAAUAAUGCUAAUCAUAUCAAAUUUUAUGUGACUGCAUAGAUUAUAAAACCCCAUUAUCUCCUAAACUAUGGCUGUACUGUGUGUGAAGACUCGGUUAAUUGUUUAAAAAAUGCCAAAAUAUUGAAGCGGAGAGUGGUGCAAUGGCCAGGGUGUUCCAAGACUAUUUAGUUUGUGUAUAUUUGUCCAAUAGUGAAAUGAAUGGGUUUUUAUCGGUUUUAUUGUUGUUAAUGUAGAAGUUAUUUUUUAAAAGAUGCACUCACUGUUUCGUCACAGAAUAUCGCCCAAACACCAGAGAAACUCCCCCCAGUCCACUGAAACUAACAACGCAUUCAGGGCAAUGUUGGACAAAAUCAGGAUGCAUAUUUUUGGAGGCUAAUUCUGGUUCAUAACAACUUGUUUAUAGUUUUAAACAUCAAUUGUAUCAGUAAUAAUAACACUGUAGUCACUAAAGUCAUUGUUGAGAUAUGGAAACACGGCCACAUAAAUACAACGAAGCCCAGCAAGCCCAAUAAAUAAGAGCAGACAGACCAUCAAACCAGUAGUUUAUCUGAAAGUUCCCAACCCCGAGGACUAGUACUGGACCACAGGAUCAGGAAGCAAGGAAACAAUAUGAUGAAGCUAAAGAAUAGCUGAGUAAUAAUCAUAUAACUUUACAGCCUAUCAUGGGCUAUUCAAAUUACCUUGACCUGGGGUCAGUUGUUACUGUAGUUUUCCUCAUCACUUCCUGCCACGCCACCGGCAACAGUACACCGAUCUGUACCAAAAUAAGUCAUCUGUAUGUGAUGUAACGGUCCAUUAUCACAGUACAUACUUACUGAAAGGUACAAUGAAGGACUCCAAUAAAACUCCAAAUCAGGGCGUCCUCAUGGGAUAUUGUAAAGAAGCAAACCAUAGACCAUGUAUAUAAAGAUGGACGACACAACAGCUUUCCAUAAAUGCUUCCAAAACAUCUUAAUCCCCCGCUGGUGGCUGGCUGUAGUAUAGCUCAUGAAUCCCGCCCCCUCCAUGUUAGUGGAUGGGAGAUGGGCCACCCUAAAAAAAUGUAUUGCACAUAAAAUUUCUUCAAAGAUGGUUUCAGUCAUUUUACGUUGUUCUUAUCACGCUGAUGUAUGUUCACGUGUUCCUGAUACGUUUCUUUGAAUUAUUAAUUUGAAGCUGUAAAAAGAGGGUGUGACAUCAUGACUGAUUAAAAGCUGCUGAGUGCGGAGCCGGACACUUGGGAAUUUUACGUAGAAUGGGAACGUGGAGAGGAGAUGUAACUUUAACUUUCCAUAACUGUGUUUGUCUGUUUCACACACGUAGAUCUGUAUAGACAAACUAACUGUAUAUAUCUCUAUAUACAAUCUACGGUUCAUACAGUCACUGACCGUGUCGCUAGCUAGCUUAGCAACAUCUUCACAGACAGUAAGGUUAGCCGGCGAUUUCCUGUCGUCGUUUGUGUUCAUAUCCUGGAUUGGCAGCAGACACUGAGAUGUCCUUUCUAAAACAUGAAUCAUGAGGCUGUGAUGUAGAACCUGUGUCCUUUUGAUCACACGUGAUUUUAUAAAGAUAUUAGGAUUAGUUGUUGUGUCUUUCCAGCCAAACAGCUACUGUGGUGCUAACAUUGCAGCUAGGGGGGCUCACGCUAACAAGCUGCGGCCGUGCUCGGCUCUCGAUUUGGCACGUGUGGGCGGGACCUCGAUACUGUAACUCCAGCUCCAAGCUCCGGCUCCAAGAUGGCAGCUUCCGUAUCCAGGAUACUUUGGCUUCACUUUUGUACAGCGGGAAGUGGAGACGUGUUGUAUGUCUAUAGUCUACGGUGCAAACCAUAGAACCACGGUGUGAACAAGCACAGCCUACCCCUUUCUAUUGCAAUGUUUCCAAGUUGUAUAAUACCAGAGUUUCCCUUUUCAUUUGGGGUGAAGUAGCUAUAGGUCAUUGUUCAGUAUCUUUCAAAUAUACAGGUCUAAGUAUUCAGUCACUAAGUCUCUCAUUUUCUCUACCAAGGUUGUGAGUUAUAGACAUAAAAAAUACAGAAAUUGUGCAUACAAAUGUUUGACAUCUCAUUGUGGAAACUAACUUCCUCUGUGAUUGCCUCAUGCACUGGUCAAAAGUUCAUAGAAUUUGUUCCGUCUGGAGGUGAUAUGGGUUUUUAUAAGGGUUUAAAUAUGUAUUAAUGAACCUAUUUAAUGAAAGUUCAUCGUCCAGAAAGUUUCCAUUAAACAACAUGAAGUUGUUUGCUUUAUUUGUCUGGUGUUGCAUGUUUCUGCCGAACUGAUCCAUGAGACAGUAAAGUCCAGUGUAAACAUCCAUAUUGUCAUUUCUCACGUGUUGUCUGAAUGACUUUUUUUGUGAUAUUUCUGAUAUGACUGCGUGUGUACAGUGUCUCUAUAUAUUGGAUUAUUUUUUGUUUGUACCAUACUUCAGUUGGAAUAUGUGUUGCAUUUGAAGAGGGGAGCAGCAGCAGCUCCACUGUGUUGUUACAGUGUUGUUGCACAUGUCUUACCUGGAGCUGUAAAAGAUGUUUGUGUGGUCAAAUUUGUUGUUUUUGCUACUAAGAUAAAAAACUAAAAAUCUCCUGAGACAGCCUUGUUAUGUCAGAGCUUUUCCUCUAUGACUGCUGCAGUUCGCUUAUGUGGGGACUGAAAAACUACAAUAAAAAAUAAAUAAAGGUUAUAAAUGAAAACAAAAGUCAUCAUUAACGUGAGACCGACAGGGUGGAAGUGAAAGGUGAUGAAAGUGGAUUCGAAUUGCAAAAUGCCAAUUUAAUUGCAAAUUAAACCAAUAACCGUGGUAAAUUGUAUCCAUUAAUUUGGUUAAUUCAUAGGUGAUUGGAUAAAAUGAUGUUUAUGUUCCGUAAUCAUCUACCGACAUGAGAACACGCACUCUUAUCGCACCGAGCGCUCAGUUUGUCGUUUGCUAAGCGUCAAUGUUUGCUUUAACUGAACAAGUGAAACGAUGUGAUUAAAUCUCGACAACACCAACAAACAAAAUAUGGUCAAAUUAAUUUUUACUUUGCUUAAAGCACCUAUUGGCCACUUAGUGUUUCUUAUAAUCACAUUAUAAUGCAUUAUAACAGUGAUCAUAAUGCAUUGUGAAAAGAUUAUAACACAUUAUGAACAUUGCAAAAUAAAAUGUC